AUGGCGGAAGUUGCGGUUAAAACAAAGAAUGAGGAUGCAAGUGUAGGGGUAAAAGCGGAAUCCAAAGCAGAGCCUCGUCGCAAACUUUGUGCUUACUCACAACGAGUUUGCAACUUGGAAAUACUGAAAGGUUUUGACUUCUGCCACAAGCAUAUUUUGGAAGAUAAAGCAAGUCCUUUUAAACCAUGUGAUUUCGUAGCAAAGUCAAAUGGUAGAAGAUGUCCUAACCCGGCACAGAAGUUGCCGCACGGAAAAAGCUUUUGCAUUAUUCACACACGCAAGGCAGAGCUACGUAGAGCGGUGGAAGAGAGGAGAAAGAGGAGGAACAUAGGUGAUAAUGAAGGAAGUUAUGAGGAUGAUAAAGGGAAAAGAAGGAGAACUUCAAGCUCAAAUUCACAAAAGAGUGAUAAACAAGAGGGCCAUUCUUCAGAUGAAGAUGGUGGUAAUAGUGGAGAUGAUUAUCUUAAGGUGGACAGUGCAUGGCAUGGUGAUAUUGAUAGCGAUGCUGAAUCUGUUGAUAGUGAAGAGGAAGACCCACUGAAGCAUGCUGGGGUUUGGUCAGUGGAAGAAGCUACCAGGAUGUGUCGUGAUAAGAUGAUCAGACUGCGCUCACUGUACAUUACACAGUUCAAGAGGUUACAACACGUGCUGAGGGAGAGAAGGAGAAAAUAUUGUCAAGCUAUUCAAGCAGAGGAAAUUGAAGAUACAGGAGAGUGCAAUUUGACCCGCACACAACUGCUUGGUCGGAAAUCUCGUCAUGAUUGUCCUGGUACUGAAGCCCUCUUGCAUCGGCAAGCAAAAGAGAAAAAACAAGGGGCAAACACUCGGCAACAAGGAGUGUCCAAUCUACGCUGCACAUAUUCUCCAGGAGGAAAUAGAUGCACUGAAAAAGUUUUGCCUCUUACAAAACACUGUAUGAAACACAUUACUCAUGACCCUAACCAGCACCUUUUUCAAAGGUGCACAUUUCCAUCCAAAGGUGAAACACAUUGUGAUAGGAAUGUUGCAAAGAUCUUCACCCAUUCAACAUGCAGACUGCACAUGGAGCUACCUGCAAAUAUGAAGAGGCCAAGUGUGGAAAAGGACCUACAGAAUGCCAAGGAAAGAGCCAAUUUAAGGAAAGCCAGAACAUCUGGUAGCAAACAAAGUGUAACAGGAGUACCAGAGGCUUUACAGCAGAAAUCCAUUGUGCUUUUGCCUCCAAUUACCACUGGUGAGUCAUUUCAGGCACAACCCACCACCACUGGAGUGCAGCAGCAUGCCAUGACAGCCCCCUUGUCCACUAAGGGUACUACAUUAGACACCACAGAGAAAAUGGAAGUAGAUUCAAGUGACACAAAGGCUGACCUUGACAAUAAGGAGUUGUCAGCAAUCUCUGUAGAUAAAGAAACAUCCUCAGUUAGCUCAGCAGGGGCUUCAGUGCAACCCAAGCUUAGCCCUGUGUCGGAGAGUAUAUCUCCUGGUCUUGCAGCUGCUAGCCUUGUGGCUGUUUGUAGCAGCCCACAGCUACCUCUGCAGGGAACACCCGUAGCAAGUGUCAGUGGUGUAAAACAGGCUGCAGUCACAGAUUCCAAGGUAGUGCCAUGCAGUGAUGUUAAAGACAAAGGUGUCAGUAGUGCCUCUGCUGAUAAUAGCAAGGUUGAUGCUGAUCCUAAAGUAUUAGAGUUAAAAGAAAGAGAGGAAUCAGGCGAUACUGAAAAGGCAGAGAAACAAGAGAGUAGCCUUGUGAAAUCAAAAGACACGUCUGAUCCUGAUAAAUCGGCAUCCGUCCAGCCAGGACAUUCAGAAUCUGCUGAAAAGCAACCUGACGAAUCCCAACUCAAAUUGAAUGUGGCUCAAACCAAAGAGGAAGCCAAAGUAACAACUUCUACAGUUUGUACUUCACCAGCUGUCUCUCAAACUGUGCUCCAGCUGACCACCCUAGUUUCUCCUUCACAAAGUGCACCCAGCACUUCCUCCAGCAGCACGUCACAAAAUGUGACAAAAACCAAGUCCGCGGAGCCCUCUGAGGCCAUCCCCUCCCGGGGUACCUCAAAGAGUGCCUCUGGGGGUCCCUCACCUGGUGUUCCUCUUGAGCCCCCUAAAGGCACGUCCUCGUGUACUUCCACUGCCGUCUCUACUGUUGCAAAACAAGCACCAUCAGUAACAUCUGCAAGUUCAAUUCAUCUACCCCAAUCGAAUCCAAGUUCCUUGGCAGGACAGCCAUUGAAAACAGUCGGUGUCAAACCCUCGAUUACAAGUGAGCCACACCGCUCAGCUGCUGUGAAAUCCUUCCAACACUUGCCGGCGGGAAUGACUGCCGCAAGCUCCAAGCAGUUUAGUGCAAUCACUUCUGUUACCACUAAGGAGACGAACAAAGAUGCUAAUAAAGUAGACACGGGCAAGUCCCAAGAACAGAGUGGUUCAUCUAAACCAUUACCGAUGUAACAAUGAUAGAUUAUCUUUGGUUUGUUAUAGAUGUCAAGUUUACGUUGUGGAUUAAAACUAAUGGUCUAUGACAAAGUUUCAGAGCGCUUUGUAAGCAGUGUUAUGUUCUUUUGGUUAAAUUUGAGUUUCAUGUACACGGAAAACUUACCUUGGUGUAAAAUUUUAAGCAAAGGUCAAAUGUUACGAUUGAGAUCUCAUUACGUUAGUCAAUAAAAUUGUGUUCUUUGAGGG